AUGUCCUACAGGGCGCUCACCGUCUGCCUGCUGGGGCUCCUGGCUCUCUCCUCAGCUUGUUACAUCCAGAACUGCCCCAUCGGGGGCAAGCGUGCCGUGCCAGACAUGGACAUCAGGAAGUGCCUGCCCUGCGGCCCCAGGAACAAAGGCCACUGCUUUGGCCCCAACAUCUGCUGUGGGGAGGAGCUGGGCUGCUACCUGGGUACCUCUGAAACCCUGCGGUGCCAGGAGGAGAACUUCCUGCCAACGCCCUGUGAGUCUGGGAGGAAAGCCUGCGGCGAGGAUGGGGCGAGCUGUGCAGCACCAGGAAUCUGCUGCAGCAGUGAGGGCUGCGUGCUUGACUCAUCUUGCAACCAAGAAAUGCUGUUUGCAUAGGAGGAAAAACCAGCAGGAUCUGCUGUCCCAUGGGCUGCACCAGCGCAGCACCCAGCACCAUGACUCAGAUUGAAGUGAUGCUCUUAAUUAGAAAUAAAACUUGGAGAGAAUUAAAAAA